UUUUCUUUUAAAAAACUCAAAAUUAUAACCUGGCCCACCGAAAGCCUAGCAGCCGGGUGGGCGAGCCGGGUUGCGCCCUCCCGGGGCUGGGGACUGGGAACUUGAAGCGGACGCACGGAGCGGCGCCGGUCUAUCCACCCACAAAUGGAAUAACAUAAGAAAACAUUGGAAAAACCCUAUAAACCCUAGACCUGUACAUCCUCUGUCGCUUUCGAUCUCUGUUUCUCUUCCUCUGUGGUUUUCAUCUUUGUUUAAGCCCUCAGCUUUCAUCAGACAUUUAAAUUAGUAGUCUCAACAUUUAGGAGCAUGAAUUUCAACAACGUUAAAGUUCCCAAGGUGCCGGGUGGCGGUGCAGCAUCUGCCUUGCUCAAGGUUGGAAUCAUUGGUGGGCUUGGUCUCUAUGGAGCUGCUAACAGUCUGUAUAAUGUUGAGGGAGGACACCGCGCCAUUGUCUUCAAUCGUUUAGUUGGCAUCAAAGAAAAGGUUUAUCCUGAAGGAACACAUCUGAUGAUCCCAUGGUUUGAAAGGCCAGUCAUAUAUGAUGUCCGUGCACGACCCCAUCUAGUGGAGAGCACUUCAGGAAGCCGUGACCUUCAGAUGGUAAAGAUUGGGCUUCGAGUUCUCACACGCCCUUUGCCGGAUCAGUUACCUGCAAUUUAUCGAACCCUUGGGGAGAACUAUAAUGAGAGAGUCCUGCCUUCAAUAAUCCAUGAAACUUUGAAAGCUGUAGUUGCUCAGUAUAACGCCAGCCAGCUUAUUACUCAGAGAGAGGCUGUUAGCAGGGAAAUACGAAGGAUACUGACAGAAAGGGCAGCGUAUUUCAACAUUGCACUGGAUGAUGUCUCCAUUACAAGCCUGACUUUUGGAAAAGAGUUUACGGCUGCUAUUGAAGCGAAGCAGGUAGCUGCACAAGAAGCUGAGAGGGCGAAAUUUGUUGUGGAAAAAGCUGAGCAAGACAAGAGAAGUGCUAUUAUCAGAGCUCAGGGUGAGGCCAAGAGUGCCCAACUAAUAGGUCAAGCCAUUGCCAACAACCCAGCAUUCAUCACGCUGAGGAAAAUUGAAGCUGCAAGAGAAAUUGCACAGACAAUGUCGCAUGCAUCUAAUAAGGUUUUCUUGAAUUCAGAUGAUCUGUUGUUGAACCUUCAGGAAAUGAGUUUGGAGAGCACCACCAAUGGGAAGAAAUAAGCUCCACUUCCUCAACUCGAGUAAUUUACCCCCUUUUUGUUUCUGUGAUCAAUUGUGGGUCAUAGACAAAUGAAAUCUGGGAUCGAAAUGGACAAUGGAAUCCUUGAAUGACAGAUCCUAGUUUCUUUCUGGGCCUAUUUUCCAAACUGUAGUCGAUGUUCAGUGGGACUAAUCAAAAUGUUCAGAUUUUGGAUCAACUGAGACCAACAAAUGCAAUAACAUUCCAACAAGACUUUCAUUUUA